AUGUAUCCGCGUUUGUCGCAUCAUUCCAAACAGGCUGCCAAUCUCCACUCUGCCGAAUUCGACCCACAUAUCCUGUGCGGGUGCGAGGACGUCCAUGGAGGGAAGCGCGACGAGAUCACCCGCGCAUGUCAGGUAGAAGAUACCCACCUCAUAGCCGGCACCCCAGCCACCCCAGACGGGAGAGGAGCUGUUUUCAGACAGGUAGAGCUGCUUGCCAUUGAUAUGGUCGGGACCGCCGGUGGCAGUAAUGGUGAAACAAGAUACUUGGGUCUGAAGGGGACAGCUAGUCGCGGUGGUGGCUGUGGCGGUUUGAGUACCGGUCACAGUGGUAGCGGUCUGAGAGACCACGAUGCGCGAGAAGGUCUCAGUUUUAAGGGCACCGAGUGCGUCAACGGUGCUGUACACAGUGUUCACGACACUACCGGAGUAGGCAGUUGCAGUGGAGGUAUAGAAGGUAGUGGUGGCGGUGCCAGUGGCGACCUGGGAACAGGCAAGAGAGAUCUUGCUGGCGUCCCAGGUGGAGACCAGGGUGGGUUCGGCGACGACGUAGUGACGGUGGGGUAUUCGAAGAUAGUGGAUGUGGUCGAGAUGGUCGUUGGCACAGUGAUCUGUGUGGUCGUGGGCCCGGUGCGUGUAGUCACAGCGUAUGCGACGGAGGGAACUGACCUCAUCUGCUGUCGGCUUGUCGUUGGGAACAUUGAAACACUUGGUCUGGCCGGCCUUGUCACCAGACUGGGAGAGGACGGUGGUGGAGCCACCCGUGAAAAGGACCUCGUUGUUAACGCUGGAGUAGGAGGUCAACUCGAGCUCUCCAGCAUUACAAUAUUCUCCAUCGUCCUCAACGAGGGCAGCAUUGAAGCCAAUGGCUCGAUGGCAAGCGAUGUUCUCAUGAUAGGAAUGAACGAAACCUCCGCGGAGGAUGAGAACACGGGUGCCACUGUUCACGCUGAUGGAGGCACCUGCGGUAAUGUCGACAGCGGCGGUAGUGGACCAUUGAACUCCCAGACUGUACAACACAGAUGGCGCGAUAGUGAACUCUCCGGGGACCGAGACGGGCUGGUUAAAUUCGAUGGUAUCGAAGUUAUAGGUCCAUUCUCCAGACCAAGCGUCCGUGGUUUCGAGACCCAUGACGACAUUGCCGGUCCAGCUCAUGGUAGGCGUCAUGAAGGCGCUCAUAACCUUACCCGUGGAGGUAGCAAUCAUGACACUGCCUACGAAUUCAAGGUUGGAGAUGCUCAGACCGCAGUCCACGCAACUAAGCUUGCCGACCGAGGAUUGCACCAGCGUCUGCGCCGGGAUUUCAUACUCCACGCUUGCAGUAUCUUUCAGAUCACAGAUGAGCUCGGCAAGAGCUCCGAGUUCCUCAUCAAAAGCUUCAAGAAUGUCGCCAACAAUGUCGCUACAGGCACCUUCCCAGAGAUACUUCCACCAUGUCUCGUCAUCAAGCCCGGAACGCUUGGCGAGCAUGGAACGACGAUGACGGUGAUAUGCUUCAGUGGGGUAAGACCGGCGGCGGGGGGGAUGAGGUGCACGCUUGGUGUAGACAGUUGUCGCCGGAACGUAGACACCGUUAGAGCAGUGACCCGCGAGAUCGCUAGCGGUUUUAUUCCACAUCGAAUCCGGAGAUGGGAGACCGGCAUUCUGCAAGGCCUCUUUGAGGGCUGCUUGCUGCGUGGAGUUGGAGUUGGGGUUAUAGAUAGGGGUCGUGGUGUUUGCGGUGACAGCAGGCACGGAGACGGCGAUGUUACCAUUGUCAUCGAUCAGACGCUGUACACGAAGGAGUGGUCGCGGGCCGGAAGGACUGUGGUUCUUAACUCCGGGUCGGAUUUGGCAGAGCACUUGGGGAGGGCAGUCGAAGACGGCGUGGCCGAGCGGAUCAGCGGCGUGGAGGAAGAUUUGGUCGAGCUGAUCCGGGUCUUCGUAGACGAUAUGGCCGAGCUGAUCGCCGGAGGGCUGGUUGUCGCAUCGCCUCCAGGGCACAUCUGGGCUGAUAUCUGUCAGUUUUGGGUUCUUCAAUUGGUUUAUUGGGGAAAGGCCGAUACGUACAGUACUUCACGGCAGCAAUAG